AUACCCACGCCGAUAAAUAACGUUUGUCAACGUCGGCAGUACUUUUUUUAAUUAUUAAUAUUUAUUAAUAUUAGACUGUUAGUGUUCAUAUAAUUAACAAGAUAUUAUUAUGUACUAAAAAUAAUAAACAAGGUGGUGACAUAAAUAUUACAAGAUGUCUCUCCCACCGUAUUUAUUGGAUCCGCAUUCGUGGACAAUUAUUGCCCAGCAGCAGGCCCAAGCCCAGCUGGCAGCAGCUGCUCAAGCUCAAGCCCAAGCACAAGCUCAGGCUCAAGUUCAUGCAGCAGCUCAAGCACAAGCACAAGCUGUUGCACAUCAUGCUCAUAUGCAAGCUAUGGUUAACAGUGGUGCUGUUGCUCCACCACUUCCACAAAUGCCACAACCACCAGAAAUAAUAACUGAAGAUAAAUUACAAGAAAAAUCACAAAAAUGGCAUCAAUUACAAACAAAACGUUUUGCAUCAAAACGUAAAUUUGGUUUUGUUGAUGCACAAAAAGAAGAUAUGCCACCAGAACAUAUUAGAAAAAUAAUACGUGAUCAUGGUGAUAUGAGUAGUCGUAAAUAUAGACAUGAUAAAAGAGUAUAUCUUGGUGCACUUAAAUAUAUGCCACAUGCUGUUAUGAAAUUACUUGAAAAUAUGCCAAUGCCAUGGGAACAAAUACGUGAUGUUAAAGUAUUAUAUCAUAUUACUGGUGCAAUAACAUUUGUCAAUGAAAUACCAUGGGUUGUUGAGCCAGUAUAUAUUGCACAAUGGGGAACAAUGUGGAUUAUGAUGAGACGUGAAAAACGUGAUAGACGUCAUUUUAAAAGAAUGAGAUUUCCACCAUUUGAUGAUGAAGAACCACCACUUGAUUAUGCUGAUAAUGUUUUAGAUGUUGAACCACUUGAAGCUAUACAAAUUGAACUUAAUUCAGAUGAAGAUCAAAGUAUUGCAUCUUGGUUUUAUGAACAUAAACCACUUGUUGGAACAAAAUAUGUCAAUGGAUCAACAUAUCGUAAAUGGAAUUUAAGUUUACCACAAAUGGCAACUCUUUAUCGUUUGGCAAAUCCAUUGUUAACUGAUCUUGUUGAUCAAAAUUUUUUCUAUCUAUUUGAUGCUAAAUCAUUUUUCACUGCAAAAGCACUUAAUAUGGCAAUACCUGGUGGACCAAAAUUUGAACCAUUAGUCAAAGAUUCAAAUACUGCUGAUGAAGAUUGGAAUGAAUUUAAUGAUAUCAACAAAAUUAUUAUACGACAACCAAUAAGAACAGAGUACAGAAUUGCAUUUCCAUAUCUCUACAAUAAUAUGCCACAUUUUGUUCAUUUAUCAUGGUAUCAUGCACCAAAUGUUGUUUAUAUAAAAACUGAAGAUCCAGAUUUACCAGCUUUCUAUUUUGAUCCAUUGAUAAAUCCAAUAUCACAUCGUAAUUCAUUAAAAACAGUUGAACCAAUGGUUGAAGAUGAUGAAGAUUUUAUAUUAGAUGAAGAAGUACAACCAUUUCUUCAAGAAACACCAUUGUAUACUGAUAAUACAGCAAAUGGUAUAGCAUUAUUAUGGGCACCAAGACCAUUUAAUACACGUUCAGGUCGUACACGUCGUGCAAUUGAUAUACCACUUGUUAAAUCAUGGUACAGAGAACAUUGUCCACCAGGACAACCAGUUAAAGUACGUGUAUCAUACCAAAAAUUAUUGAAAUAUUAUGUAUUAAAUGCAUUGAAACAUCGUCAUCCAAAACCACAAAAAAAACGUUAUCUAUUUAGAUCAUUUAAAUCAACAAAAUUCUUUCAAACAACAACAAUUGAUUGGGUUGAAGCUGGUUUACAAGUAUGUCGUCAAGGUUAUAAUAUGUUAAAUCUUUUGAUACAUCGUAAAAAUUUAAAUUAUUUACAUUUAGAUUAUAAUUUUAAUUUAAAACCAGUCAAAACAUUAACAACAAAAGAAAGAAAAAAAUCACGUUUUGGUAAUGCAUUUCAUUUAUGUCGUGAAAUAUUAAGAUUAACAAAAUUAAUAAUUGAUUCACAUGUACAAUAUCGUUUAAAUAAUGUUGAUGCAUUUCAACUUGCUGAUGGUUUACAAUAUAUAUUUGCACAUGUUGGACAAUUAACUGGAAUGUAUCGUUAUAAAUAUAAAUUAAUGCGUCAAAUACGUAUGUGUAAAGAUUUAAAACAUUUAAUAUAUUAUCGUUUUAAUACUGGACCAGUUGGUAAAGGUCCUGGUUGUGGUUUUUGGGCACCUGGUUGGCGUGUAUGGUUAUUUUUUAUGAGAGGUAUAACACCAUUACUUGAAAGAUGGCUUGGUAAUUUAUUAUCACGUCAAUUUGAAGGUAGACAUUCAAAGGGUGUUGCUAAAACAGUUACAAAACAACGUGUUGAAUCACAUUUUGAUUUAGAAUUACGUGCAUCUGUUAUGCAUGAUAUUGUUGAUAUGAUGCCUGAAGGAAUUAAACAAAAUAAAGCAAGAACAAUAUUACAACAUUUAAGUGAAGCAUGGAGAUGUUGGAAAGCAAAUAUACCAUGGAAAGUACCUGGUUUACCAAUACCAAUUGAAAAUAUGAUAUUACGUUAUGUUAAAAUGAAAGCUGAUUGGUGGACAAAUACAGCACAUUAUAAUCGUGAACGUAUACGUCGUGGUGCAACUGUUGAUAAAACUGUAUGUAAAAAAAAUCUUGGUAGAUUAACACGUUUAUAUUUAAAAAAUGAACAAGAAAGACAACAUAAUUAUCUUAAAGAUGGACCAUAUAUAUCACCAGAAGAAGCUGUUGCAAUAUAUACAACAACAGUACAUUGGCUUGAAUCACGUAGAUUUGCACCAAUACCAUUUCCACCAUUAUCAUAUAAACAUGAUACAAAACUUUUAAUAUUAGCACUUGAAAGAUUAAAAGAAGCAUAUUCAGUUAAAUCACGUCUUAAUCAAAGUCAAAGAGAAGAGUUGGGUUUAAUUGAACAAGCAUAUGAUAAUCCACAUGAGGCAUUAUCACGUAUUAAACGUCAUUUAUUAACACAACGUGCAUUUAAAGAAGUUGGUAUUGAAUUUAUGGAUUUAUAUAGUCAUUUAAUACCAGUAUAUGAUGUUGAACCACUUGAAAAAAUAACAGAUGCAUAUCUUGAUCAAUAUUUAUGGUAUGAAGCUGAUAAAAGACGUUUAUUUCCACCAUGGGUUAAACCAUCAGAUACAGAACCACCACCAUUACUUGUUUAUAAAUGGUGUCAAGGUAUUAAUAAUUUACAAGAUGUAUGGGAUGUAUCUGAGGGUGAAUGUAAUGUAUUACUUGAAUCAAAGUUUGAUAAAUUAUAUGAAAAAAUUGAUUUAACAUUAUUAAAUAGAUUACUAAGACUUAUUGUUGAUCAUAAUAUUGCUGAUUAUAUGACUGCUAAAAAUAAUGUUAUUAUAAAUUAUAAAGAUAUGAAUCAUACAAAUUCAUAUGGUAUAAUACGUGGUUUACAAUUUGCAUCAUUUAUUGCACAAUAUUAUGGUCUUGUACUUGAUUUAUUAGUACUUGGUUUAACACGUGCUAGUGAAAUGGCUGGACCACCACAAAUGCCAAAUGAUUUUUUAACAUUUCAAGAUACAGCAUCAGAGGGUGCACAUCCAAUACGUCUUUAUUGUCGUUAUGUUGAUAAAAUACAUAUAUUUUUACGUUUUAAUGCUGAAGAAGCUAGAGAUCUUAUACAAAGAUAUUUAACUGAACAUCCAGAUCCAAAUAAUGAAAAUAUUGUUGGUUAUAAUAAUAAAAAAUGUUGGCCACGUGAUGCAAGAAUGAGAUUAAUGAAACAUGAUGUUAAUUUAGGUAGAGCUGUUUUUUGGGAUAUUAAAAAUCGUUUACCACGUUCAACAACAACAAUUAAUUGGGAUUGUAGUUUUGUAUCUGUUUAUUCAAAAGAUAAUCCAAAUUUAUUAUUUAAUAUGAGUGGUUUUGAAUGUAGAAUAUUACCAAAAUGUCGUACAACACAUGAAGAAUUUACAGCAAAAGAUGGUGUAUGGAAUUUACAAAAUGAAAUAACAAAAGCACGUACUGCACAAUGUUUCUUACGUGUUGAUGAUGAAAGUCUUAAUCGUUUUCAUAAUCGUGUUAGACAAAUAUUAAUGGCAUCUGGUUCAACAACAUUUACUAAAAUUGUUAAUAAAUGGAAUACAGCAUUAAUUGGUUUAAUGACAUAUUUUCGUGAAGCUGUUGUUAAUACACAAGAAUUACUUGAUUUAUUAGUUAAAUGUGAAAAUAAAAUACAAACACGUAUUAAAAUUGGUUUAAAUUCAAAAAUGCCAUCACGUUUUCCACCAGUUGUAUUUUAUACACCAAAAGAAUUAGGUGGUUUAGGUAUGUUAUCAAUGGGACAUGUAUUAAUACCACAAAGUGAUUUACGUUGGUCAAAACAAACAGAUGUUGGUAUAACACAUUUUCGUUCUGGUAUGAGUCAUGAUGAAGAUCAAUUAAUACCAAAUUUAUAUCGUUAUAUACAACCAUGGGAAUCUGAAUUUAUUGAUUCACAACGUGUAUGGGCUGAAUAUGCAUUAAAAAGACAAGAAGCUAAUGCACAAAAUCGUAGAUUAACACUUGAAGAUUUAGAGGAUAGUUGGGAUCGUGGUAUACCACGUAUUAAUACAUUAUUUCAAAAAGAUAGACAUACACUUGCAUAUGAUAAAGGUUGGAGAAUACGUACAGAAUUUAAACAAUAUCAAGUAUUAAAACAAAAUCCAUUUUGGUGGACACAUCAACGACAUGAUGGUAAAUUAUGGAAUUUAAAUAAUUAUAGAACAGAUAUGAUACAAGCACUUGGUGGUGUUGAGGGUAUACUUGAACAUACAUUAUUUAAAGGUACAUAUUUUCCAACAUGGGAAGGUUUAUUCUGGGAAAAAGCAUCUGGUUUUGAAGAAUCAAUGAAAUAUAAAAAGUUAACAAAUGCACAACGUUCAGGUUUAAAUCAAAUACCAAAUCGUCGUUUUACAUUAUGGUGGUCACCAACAAUAAAUCGUGCAAAUGUAUAUGUUGGUUUUCAAGUACAACUUGAUUUAACUGGUAUAUUUAUGCAUGGUAAAAUACCAACAUUAAAAAUAUCACUUAUACAAAUAUUUCGUGCUCAUUUAUGGCAAAAAGUACAUGAAUCAAUUGUCAUGGAUUUAUGUCAAGUAUUUGAUCAAGAACUUGAUGCAUUAGAAAUUGAAACAGUACAAAAAGAAACAAUACAUCCACGUAAAUCAUAUAAAAUGAAUAGUUCAUGUGCUGAUAUAUUAUUAUUUUCUGCCUAUAAAUGGACAGUAUCAAGACCAUCAUUACUUGCUGAUACAAAAGAUUCAAUGGAUAAUACAACAACACAAAAAUAUUGGAUUGAUGUACAAUUACGUUGGGGUGAUUAUGAUUCACAUGAUAUUGAAAGAUAUGCACGUGCAAAAUUUUUAGAUUAUACAACUGAUAAUAUGUCAAUAUAUCCAUCACCAACUGGUUUAUUAAUUGCAAUUGAUUUAGCAUAUAAUUUACAUUCAGCAUAUGGUCAUUGGUUCCCUGGUUGUAAAGCACUUAUUGGACAAGCUAUGGCUAAAAUAAUGAAAGCAAAUCCAGCAUUAUAUGUAUUACGUGAAAGAAUUAGAAAAGCAUUACAAUUAUAUUCAUCUGAACCAACUGAACCAUAUUUAUCAUCACAAAAUUAUGGUGAAUUAUUUUCAAAUCAAAUAAUAUGGUUUGUUGAUGAUACAAAUGUAUAUCGUGUUACAAUACAUAAAACAUUUGAAGGUAAUUUAACAACAAAACCAAUAAAUGGUGCUAUAUUUAUAUUUAAUCCAAGAACUGGACAAUUAUUUUUAAAAAUUAUUCAUACAUCUGUAUGGGCUGGACAAAAACGUCUUGGUCAAUUAGCUAAAUGGAAAACAGCUGAAGAAGUUGCUGCAUUAAUUCGUUCAUUACCAGUUGAAGAACAACCAAAACAAAUUAUUGUUACUAGAAAGGGUAUGUUGGAUCCACUUGAAGUACAUUUAUUAGAUUUUCCAAAUAUUGUUAUUAAAGGAUCAGAAUUACAAUUACCAUUUCAAGCAUGUUUAAAAGUUGAAAAAUUUGGUGAUUUAAUAUUAAAAGCAACUGAACCACAAAUGGUAUUAUUUAAUCUUUAUGAUGAUUGGUUAAAAACAAUAUCAUCAUAUACAGCAUUUUCAAGAUUAAUAUUAAUAUUACGUGCAUUACAUGUUAAUACUGAAAGAACAAAAGUUGUAUUAAAACCAGAUAAAACAACAAUAACAGAACCACAUCAUAUAUGGCCAACAUUAACUGAUGAAGAAUGGAUUAAAGUUGAAGUACAAUUAAAAGAUUUAAUAUUAGCUGAUUAUGGUAAAAAAAAUAAUGUUAAUGUUGCAUCAUUAACACAAUCUGAAAUACGUGAUAUUAUAUUGGGUAUGGAAAUAUCAGCACCAUCAGCACAACGUCAACAAAUUGCUGAAAUUGAAAAACAAACAAAAGAACAAUCACAAUUAACAGCAACAACAACACGUACUGUUAAUAAACAUGGUGAUGAAAUAAUAACAGCAACAACAUCAAAUUAUGAAACACAAUCAUUUUCAUCAAAAACAGAAUGGCGUGUUAGAGCAAUAUCAGCAACAAAUCUUCAUUUACGUACAAAUCAUAUUUAUGUGUCAUCUGAUGAUAUUAAAGAAACUGGAUAUACAUAUAUAUUACCUAAAAAUGUAUUAAAAAAAUUUGUAACAAUAUCAGAUUUACGUGCACAAAUUGCUGGUUAUUUAUAUGGUAUAUCACCACCAGAUAAUCCACAAGUUAAAGAAAUACGUUGUAUUGUUAUGCCACCACAAUGGGGUACACAUCAAAAGGUAACUUUACCAAGUAUAUUACCAAAUCAUGAAUAUCUCAAAGAUAUGGAACCACUUGGUUGGAUACAUACACAACCAAAUGAAUUACCACAAUUAUCACCACAAGAUAUAUCAGCACAUGCUAAAGUUAUGGUUGAAAAUAGUGUAUGGGAUGGUGAAAAAACUGUUGUUAUAACAUGUAGUUUUACACCUGGUUCAUGUUCAUUAACAGCAUAUAAACUAACACCAAGUGGUUUUGAAUGGGGUAAACAAAAUCCUGAAUGUGGUAAUAAUCCAAAGGGUUAUUUACCAAGUCACUAUGAAAAAGUUCAAAUGUUAUUGUCUGAUCGUUUCCUUGGUUUCUUCAUGACACCAAGUCAAGGUUCUUGGAAUUAUAAUUUCAUGGGUGUUCGACAUCAGAUAACCAUGAAGUACGAAUUACAACUGGCUAAUCCUAAGGAAUUUUAUCAUGAAAUACAUCGUCCAGCUCAUUUUCUACUAUUUUCAAAUCUUGAGGAUGGUGGUGAUGGUGUUGGAGCUGAUCGUGAAGAUAUGUAUGCUUAAUUUGAAAGGAAAAAAAAUGUGUUGUAAAUAGUAACAAUUUUAUUAUUAUUUUUUUUUUUUUUCUGUACUUGAUAUUCAAUAAAAUACAGUUUGAUUUAUCUAAUUUUUAAUCAAUUAAAAAAAAAUUCAAUUCAUUAACUCGUUGAGAGUUAAUUUUAAUUUUUAUUCUAGAUAAAAUAAAGGUAACAAAAAAAAAAAGAAAAAAC